UAUUUAAACAUUUUUUUUCCUUCAGUAGCAAUUUGGUACGUUGUGUAAAUAUUAGCAAAUCCAGGGGUAUUAAAAUAAGCCACACCAACUGGCAACUGUCAUAAAUCUUCACAAUUUUGUAAAUCUUCCCAUUACUACUACUACGGCAACAAUGGCACCAUACCUCCUCUUCCUCCUCCACCUCCUCGUCUUCUCCGCCACCACCACCACCAAUGCCGCCGCCGUGAGCAUCUCCCCCACCUCAUCGCCGCCCUCAGCACCCACCCCCUCCUCCUCUCCAAUUUCCUCUUCUACCCUCGACCCAAAACAACUCAGAGCACUCCAGUCCCUCAACAUACCCACCUCCAAAGACCCCUGCACUCCCCCACCCCACCCCUCCGCCGCCGCCGCAUCGCCGCCACCCAAAACCACAUGCGACUCCGCCGCCCCCUUCCGCCACCUCCUCUCACUCACACUCUCCGACUGCUCAGACGACGUCGCAUUAUCCCUCACCGCACUCGAAUCCCUCUCCACACUCACCUCCCUCACAUUCACCAACUGCCACGUCACCCCAAUCCACUUCCCCACCGAGCUCACCUCAAACCUCCGCUCCUUCACCUGCAUCAACAGCCUCAACAAACUCACCGGAGUCUGGCUCAGCCGCCUCCAGAACCUCACCGAGUUAACCGUCUCCCGAGUCAGCAUAACCGCCAGCGGCCCUUCAAUCAUCCUCUCGAACAUGAAAUUCCUCCGCUCCGUCACUCUCUCCCAAACAAAUCUCUCCGGCUACCUCCCCAAGCACACGUGGCACCCAAAUCUCACCUCCAUCGAUUUCUCAGUAAAUCAUCUCAAAGGAAAAAUACCCAUUUCCAUAACCCGCCUCGAGAAUCUCGCCCACUUGAAUCUCUCCUCCAAUUCACUCAACGAAACAAUCCCCACCACCAUCGGAGACUUGACCUCUCUCCAGACUCUCUCUCUCUCAUCGAACGCGCUGGUGGGCCCCAUACCGGACUCCCUAGCCGCAUUGCCGGAGCUAAUCCACCUGGAUCUGGGUUCGAAUCAGCUCAACGGCACAAUUCCCAAAUUCCUCCGAGAUAUGAAGAAUCUAAAAUACCUGAAUCUUGAAAACAACAAUUUUCACGGGGUUCUGCCUUUCAAUUCGACGUUCAUAAAAGGGUUACAGGUUUUCAAGGUGGGCGAAAAUUCAAAUCUUUGUUACAACCACUCGAGUUUCGGGCCGAAAGUGAAGCUCGGAAUUGCUCCCUGUGAUAAACAUGGGCUGCCGGUGUCGCCGCCGCCGGCGAAGGAUACAGAUCCCGACGGCUCCGGCGAGGGUUCCGACGACGACGACUAUGAGAAUGUGGAGGAGAAGAAGCAUCACAGCGGGCCGAGUAAGGUUGUUCUUGGCGUUGCGAUCGGGCUUUCUUCUGUUGUGUUUAUCAUUAUCUUCUUGGUUCUUUUAUCCAAGUGCUGUAGAUAAUUAAAUUUUGAAUUGUGAAAAAAAAAAUGAUUUCUUGGUUUAAUUUAAUAUAAUAUAAUAUAAUAUUGAUAAUUCGUAAUUUGCUAUUGGGGCAA